AUAUCUUUCCUUCAAAACGCGUCCAUGUAUGGACGCCCUUCACGCGCACGACUCUGUCGGCCAGGAACCUCUGUAGCAAGAUAUUAUGCGGAUUCAUCCAAAAAAUCACGACUCCGGCCAGUCUCCAAAGUGGAAGCCGACCAGGCGUCGAAAUACAUGAAUAUCAUGGUGGAUAAGGCGGCGGAGGAUGCACGGACAUGGAAGCAGACGGAUAGAAAGCGAACGGCCAAGCUUGCAGAUGCGCUACGUAGAGGGCAGUCUAGCAGAUACAAAGGGGAAGGCUCAACCGAGAGGGCGGCUUUUGACCUCCAUGUAGAGGAAGAAAGAACGACUGCUAACCUGGGAGAAAAGAAUGAAGCACCCGACCGAGUGUUAGAACCUGGAACAUUCAUAGAGAUGCGCAAGCCUUCCGUAACGAUUACAGGCGUGGUAUUAGGCAGCCAAUAUUCGGCAAAAACGCUUGAAUAUGUGACUCUCACCGCCGGUGGGACAGUUUGGGAACAUUCUAAAGAUUCUAUCAUGUUUGAUGUUCCGAGUAUUGUCCCUCCAGACCUUAUUUCUCGAUGUGGGAUAGAACCCACUCCUGCAAACGAUGUACAACGAAAUGCACGAGUUGAGGUGCUCAAGCGCCUUCGUCAGGUUGAGAUGGCGGUUCAUGAAGCUUCAUACGGCAUCACCACGUCCCCCGCGGCACUCUACGAUAUUAUCAAGUCGCCAGAUCCUACCAAAACUGCAAUUGUUGGUGCUGCUGAGGUGACUCGGCUGCUCUUCAGGAAACCAUCUAUGGCCAAGGUGUUUGCCGUACACAAGUUCCUCAUGUCUAAUCCACUCUACUUCGUCGCUGCGUACGAUUAUCCAGUCUCACAAACUUUCACUGUUCGGCCUCAGGAAAAGGUGAAUCGUAUACAGACUGUUACCGCAUGGACCAAACAAUCAAACAGUCCAAUACACCCAUUCGCAGAGAAGGCACGACGCCUACGGCUCGUUAACCAACGACUGCUAGCGGAUCACCGGGAUGCUGAACCUCAGCGUAAACCAGCAUCUCAUGUCUGGGAUGAGAACGAUCGAGCCAUAAUUCUCUUCCUCCUUGACAAAACGCGUUAUGUACUUGGUUGCCAGGAUGAUCCUCUCUUGCUCGGCACAAAUUUCAUUUUUCAAAGAAUAGUUGAGGAUGCCGAUUUUCACGAUGAACUACUGCAGACUCUCCUGGUCGAACUGGGGGUUCUGGCGCCCUGGGGGGAUAUUGUACCCUUGGCAGCAGGUCUGCUCGACGAUAGAGAUAGAGAACGAAGAGCUGCGGAGCUAGUGAAGAAGUCGUUUUCGUCUCGUAGACCCAGCCAGAUUGAACCCUUAGGACCGGAGGAUUUUUACGGUUCUGAUGUUUUGGAAUCCGUAAGGCACGACUUUGGUGACCUUCCCGUUUAUGUUAUCGAUGAUCCAGAGGCUGCCGAACUCGACGAUGGCGUCUCCAUUGAAUCCGUCUCAGGUGAACCGGGGACCCAUUGGGUACAUGUACAUAUUGCCAACCCCACUGCAAUUCUCCCUCCAACCCAUCUUCUCGCCGAUGAUAAGAGAGCCCUUCAUAACUCCCUUUAUCUAUACCACAGAAGCUACCCUAUGUUGCCUCGCGAGCUCACCCAUCACCCGGAAUAUGGGUUGUCGCUCUCAUCAUCAAAGACUGGGCAGAAUGUCUUGACUUUCAGUAGCAAGGUCAACGCAGAUGGCGACAUUACCGAUUAUCACGUACGGGCAGGAAUCGUUCGUAAUAAAGUCCUCCGCUCUUACGAGGCGGUGAACGUUGCGAUGGGUUGGGAUUGCCCGAAAUAUACCUAUCCCUUCGGAGGUGCAGGACCACCGCUACCCGAUCCUGCGGUGCUUAGCAAAGAAGAUGUUCAAAACUUUCGGGGUUUGGCUGAAGUCGCGCGGAAUGCUCAGCGACGUCGUUUCAAAGAUGGUGUCUUCAAUCACUCUCAUUCAAAUGCAUGGUUGUGCAACGUUCAAUGGCCUACGGAUUGUGACCAAUAUUCCUUGGAGCCCACUCAUCAGUUUGGCUUCCCAAAAAUGACGUAUAGGGUGGCUAGUGGGAAAGAUUUAGAUGUUGGCUCUCAAUCUGUCGUUACUGAAUGCAUGAAACUUGCAUGUAGAGCAGCUUCUUUGUUCUGUAGGGAUCGCAACGUUCCUAUCUGGAGACGUUACGCAUCACUGCCUGUCGUUGGUUCAGAAUCGGCUUAUCAGGACCUUCUGAACACACGCACACCGAGCGGCUACAUUGACUACUGGAGGAGCUAUGGAGCUCUUGCUCUAGACAGUAUCGGCGGAUUUUCGGUUGAACCAAAAGGUCAUUUCGGUUUGGGUAUACCAGAAGGAGAGGGAUACACCCGCGUUACGUCUCCACUUCGACGACAUAGUGAUCUGGUAGCACACUGGCAGAUCCAGAACGCUUUAUUAGGGAAGGCACCUUUAUAUUCAGCCGAAUGGAUGCAAAAUUACUCUAUGCACGUCCGAGCUCAAACUCGUAUGCUCACUCGCAUGGAAGGUGUACACGACACCUAUUACCACAUUCUUUUCCUGAGGAGAUGGAUAGAAGAAAGGAAACGCGGCCUCCACAAGGAUGUUCCAGACCCCCUCGCCAAUUUGACGCUUCAUACGGACUCUUGGCCAUUGCUGAAUAUGGGCACCAGAAUUUGGGGUACCGAAGGAGACAUCCAGACAUUGGGUCUGAAGGCGAUUGUUCUCAGAGUGGACAGCUCAAUCCCUCCCGGAGUCGAGAUUCCAGUAACUUUCACUGAUUUGAAAGUGGGUAUUCGACCAAAACUUUAUGUGUGCCCGAAAUAAGAAACAGAGCGACCUCACCUGGCCUGGCCUGUCCACGGCGCUCAGAUUUCUUUUUUCAUUGCUUAGCUCUAAGCGUGGUGCCGUACCUCGAUGCGUUAAUGGAGACGGUUGAUAUCCUCGCUCUCGAGGCGAAUUGUACACGAGUAUCAAUAAAUCUCCAUUUCAAUCGACAUGUACAUCUACCACAGUAGCUAGUACAUACACGAGAGCCGCAACGGUAUGUUCCAAUCGUAGUUUGACAGGGUCAUACAUAGCUGUUGCAUAUGAUAUGCUAGUUGUGGUCGACAGCAGAGGACAUCUGUUCUGAAUAUCCUCUUCAUGUAUCAGUUAUGACGAGAACAUAAAUCGAUGAUUGGUGGCUCUACAGAGCCUGCACAUCGUUUUCUG